AUUUCUUCUGCCGUUGAUUAGUCAGAUCGGACUUGGAGUUGAUCGCGCAGAAAAGUUGGUUCCGGUGAUAAGAGGCCGUGAUUGUCGGUGAAGGAUUCAACGUUCCGCGACUGUCAUCUUGUUUCAGUUCGUAGCAUAACUUUGCACGACGCACCGAGCUAGCAGCCUCGCCGCAGAAUUAGGACUCUUCCUGUGAAACGAAACGAAAAUGCAUCCGCUUCGUGCGUCGUUCGUUUGCCUGCUGGUGGCAGGACUGGCAAUCUGCAAUGCUCAAAUCGAAACCACAACGGCGAAACCACCGAUGCCAACACCGGAAACGACCACAACGCCAACACCCAGCCCAAACAAUACCACCACUACCACCACGACCACCACCACAACCACGACGACGGUGGCACCGACGACGACCACAACCGCGGUGCCACCUACUCCGAAACCGGUGCCGGAACCGGAGAUGGGUACGUGGAGCUACGCCGAAAGCAACCGAACCUGCGUCAUCGUUCAAAUGGCCAUGCAGUUCAAUUUGAGCUACUUCGACACCGCCAACAAAACGGCCAACGUGCUGUACAACAUUCCGAAGGAAGCCCGGGUCAAGUCGGGUGCGUGCAUGAACUCGUCGGACUACAUUGAGCUCAGCUGGUUCGGCAGCAACCAGAGCAACGUCGAGAACACUUUGAAAGUUGCGUUCGUGAAGAACGCGACCGAACAUGAGUUCGCCCUCGCGGGACUGCAGCUCAACUUGCUGGUCAUGGGCGAAUCUUUCCCCAACGCCAAGGCGAAUCAAAGCUUGCAGCUGACCAACAAUGCGACGCUGUUCAAAACGCCGCUGCAAAUGUCGUACCACUGCAGCAAGCCACAGCUGCUGAACAUGACGUCCGCCACCGCCGGCCUCGGUCAGCCCACGGUGACUGUGACGAAGGUCCAGCUUGAGGCGUUCCACGAGAAGAAGGACAAAAACUUCUCGAUCGCCAAAGACUGCGAAGCCAUCGAUACGCCCGACAUCGUGCCGAUCGCCGUCGGGUGCGCCCUGGUCACACUGAUCAUCAUCAUGCUGAUUGCAUAUUUGGUGGGCCGCAACAAUGUGCAGGGACAGGGAUACCUCAGCAUGUAAGGCGGGCGCGUACCUAAAAGCCAUCCUGUUGUGCAGAAUGUGGGUAAAGAACCAAUAGAGUGUGGUCACUUUCUGUUCCUGCUGUUGUAGGGACGGUGUCCAGUUAUUUUUUUUUCGAAAAUAAUUUCCAUACCACACGAUCGUAUGUUUUUUUUUGUUUUGCUCAACCCAUCGGAUCAAUGCAAUGGCAUUUUGGUGUUGAUGCCGUUAUCAUCCCCCCUGAGCUUUUGUGAUAAAAAAGGCUACUCGGAUAUUUUUUCUUUCACCGUUUAGUACACGGCCAUACAUUGGGUUUAUUUUUAUUUCUCAUGCCCUUUGGGGGCCAAUAUUCAACCCGAUCCAAUUCGGAAAAGCAUUCGCAUCCAUCGAUUAACACAGAGCAAACCCCGAAUGGGUGUUGUUGAAAUUUUCGAAAUUUGUGUGGUGAAGUUAGGCGUUAGGCAUUGGGACUGGGUGAUUACAAAUGUGAAACGGUUAAAGCAAGUACAAGAAGAACCUUUACUGUGGCAUUACAGUGCAACCAUGAACAUCAAUUAAAGAAAAUCUGGCUGCAUUGGAAAGAAAUGAUGCGAAAAGGGCACACGCGGAUACAUUCAUACGUCCGAGCACGGUUUUCGCUGCAAAUAUUGUCUGUAAUAAUAGAGUAAUUUUUAUGAAACAAUAAAUACACAUUGAAACGUA